AUGAGCUGGGCUCAACAACGAGAAGCGAUUAGAAUUGCAGCCGAGGCCGGGGUCAGGGCGAGGACCUCGGCGGCAGGCUCAGAAACCCUUCCUUUGACACACCACCACCUCCGCUACGCGAUGCUCAGCCGCCCGAACGGCGAGCUCACGAGGGCCGGCCAGUACUACUACCAACUGAUCGACCGGCCGCCCCCCAGCCGGCAGUACGACCGCAACCAACCCCUCAUCCGCGAGGGCCCUAACGAUUACAUCAUGCUCCGGGGCGGCGCCAAAAAGCUGCUCCGCAGCCUCCAACCCAACGGGAACUACCACUUGACCAAGCUCGGGAAGAGCUUCUUCAAGGACAAGUGGGUGGACUGGGUGGUGCACGUGCCCGUCAUCAUCCGCGGCAUCCGGCGAAACGGCAGGAACCGCGACAUGCCCUACGAGCGCACGAAGCGCCUGCCCGUCACGGACCUCAACGUCACACUGCCCCGGCAGAGCGAGGGGCUCUCGGAUGCCCAAGCGGCCCGGAAUCUCAAGGCGUCCGCGCUCGCGCAGCUCGGGAACCCCGAGCCGAACGACAUUAUUUGGGAGCUGUCCGACGAGAGCUACUACCUGGAUGCGACGAGGGAGUGGACCUUCAGCCAGCAGGCCAUGCAGGUCGUAGACGACCGGGUGGUGGUGGAGACCGUCCUGGAUCAGCCCCUGGGGGCUCUGCGGGACGUCUCCUACCAGCUGUACUGCGGCGACGAAAUCGAACAGCGGCCGGACAAGCUUUGCGUCCCUCGGCAGCUCGCGGAGCUGAUGCGGCUGCCGCUGCAGGAGGUGCUUUCGGACUUCGACGCAAUCUGCACCAAAAAAACGUGGCGGGAGGGCAUCACCCCCCGAGAGAUCCGGGAAUUCUGCCUUUGGCGCCAGGCCGCGAUGUUCUACGUGGACUGCCAGGGCCGCCUGCUGGACAAGUACGAGCCUACCGUCAAGGAGCAGCGGGCCGUGGCCUUCACGAGCUGGAACGGCCACGCCUUCUUCUACAAAUCCGCCCCGUACCGGGGCGAGAGGAAGCCAGGCGAAACGCCCGAGUUCAAGGAUUGGCGGGAGUGGGAGGGCGAGGUCGCCAGCGGUCUUUUCUACACUGAAGACCUGGAGCAGGUCCGGAGGGAGCUCCUGGCCGAGGGGCACUGCCGAAGGGUGCGGGGCGGCGAGGACUGCGUCAUCUCCGCCUUCCACGAAGAUCUGGAUGUGCUGCAGGCCUGGAUGGCCUACAUGCUGGACAAAGGCCUUGCCACCUGGCGCGACUUCGUGCACAGCCUGGACGCCACGGCGCACGUGGACCAGGAGUCCGUGGCUCAGGCCCUGCAGAAAAUGGAGGCGGCUUGGCCGGAGGGAGAGGAGCACUACGCGAAGCUGUCGGUGAAUGCCCUCAUCGGGCUCUGCCUCAUCUACACCAUGCGCACCAGCAACCACCAGUUCGACGGCUCCGGGUGCCAGCACCGGGAGCUGUUUCUGGACGCCGCGGGUGGGAUGCACUGGGAUCACAUCUACGUGACCCAGUUGUUGUCCAACCGGAGCUGCCGGCCUGUGCACGACUUCGUGAUGGCCUCGGAGUACGUCGCCGUCUCCAGAAUCCGGGAUGCACUCGCAACCGUGCCGUCGAGGUACCUGAAGGCCGUCAAAACGGACUGCGUCGUCUUCCAGGACCUGCCCAAAAAGUUCCAGGGCCUCGUGGAUGGCUUGGUGCGGGAAAGGCACCCCGACGGCACGCCCGUGUACCGAUGCGAGGAGGUCAAGGGCCUCGAAGGCCAGUAUCGGAUCCCCCGAAUCGAGGCGGAGUGCAUGUGCAACAUUGACACCUGGAAGGUCGCGGAGGACCCUGUGCUCCACUGCCUCGAGGGCGGGAGCCUGCUGCUGACCGGCUACCCGGGCACCGGGAAGACCCACCUGGCACGCCAGAUCGUGACCGCCCUCCGGGAAGAAGGGUACAAGGUGAAGAUCAUCACGAAGACCCACUCCUCCGUGCAGAACUUUGGAAUGCAGGCGGAGACGGCCGACCAUUGGGUGCGGAGCACCGUCCGGAACGGCUACUGCAACAUCGACUGGCUGGUGGCGGAGGAAAUCACGCAGCUCGACACCGGGCUGUGGAACGAUGUCGCCUGCGUCUCCAUGAACCGCAAACGGGAGCUCAAGCACUCCCAGCUGCUCCACGACCUCACCGACGGCUGGCACCACGAGCUCACCGAGAACAUGAGGAGCGACCCGGGCAUCUUCGACUUCCUCCGGUGGCUCCGGGUCGACGAGCCCUGGGAGCACCUGGUCAUCUCCCACGCCCACCGCAUCACGAUCAACGCGCGGGACAACCGUCGCCUGGCCGCGCCGGAAGCUGUGACGAUCGAGUACACCGGCACCGGCCCGACGACCACCAACAUGCCGCAGACCAUGCGGGUCUGGCCCGGCCUGAAGCUCAUCGGCGUCGGCGGCCGCGUGACCAAAGGCAUCUACAUGCGUGUGGCAGAAGUGGGCCCCGAGAAGAUCGUCUUGGACGGCGGCGACUCCUUCACCCACGCCGCCCUCCUGAAACACACCCGGCUGCGCCACGCCAUCACCUACGCCUCGGCGGGUCUUCCUACGCGACACCGAGAGCCCGCACGUCACCCUCAAGCACCUCUAUGUGGGUCCUGA